AUGGGGGAAAAUCAGACCAUGGUCACAGAGUUCCUCCUGCCGGGAUUUCUCCUGGUCCCAAGGAUUCAGAUGCUCCUCUUUGGGCUCUUCUCCCUGUUCUAUGUCUUCACCCUGCUGGGGAACGGGGCCAUCCUGGGGCUCAUCUCACUGGACUCCAGACUCCACACCCCCAUGUACUUCUUCCUCUCACACCUGGCUGUCGUCAACAUCAACUAUGCCUGCAACACGGUGCCUCAGAUGCUGGUGAACCUCCUGCAUCCAGCCAAGCCCAUCUCCUUUGCUGGCUGCAUGAUGCAGACCUUUCUCUGUUUGAGUUUUGGACAUAGCGAAUGUCUCCUGCUGGUGGCGAUGUCCUACGAUCGUUAUGUGGCCAUCUGCCACCCUCUCCGAUAGUCCAUCAUCGUGACCUGGAGAGUCUGCAUCACCCUGGCCAUCACUUCCUGGACAUGUGGCUCCCUCCUGGCUCUGGUCCGUGUGGUUCUCAUCCUGAGACUGCCCUUCUGUGGGCCUCAUGAAAUCAACCACUUCUUCUGUGAAAUCCUGUCUGUCCUCAGGCUGGCCUGUGCUGACACCUGGCUCAACCAGGUGGUCAUCUUUGCAGCCUGUGUGUUCUUCCUGGUGGGGCCGCUCUGCCUGGUGCUGGUCUCCUACUCGUGCAUUCUGGUGGCCAUCCUGAGGAUCCAGUCUGGGGAGGGCCACAGAAAGGCCUUCUCCACCUGCUCCUCCCACCUCUGCGUGGUGGGGCUCUUCUUUGGCAGUGCCAUCGUCAUGUACAUGGCCCCCAAGUCCCGCCACCCUGAGGAGCUGCAGAAGGUACUUUUUCUAUUUUACAGUUUUUUCAACCCAACACCGAAUCCCCUGAUUUACAGCCUGAGGAACGCAGAGGUCAAGGGUGCCCUGAGGAGAGCAUUGUGCAAGGAAAGUCAUUCCCAACUGGUGUGGUGUUCUCAC